UGUUGAGAAAUACUACACAAAGGAAGUAGAGUGACGUUCGGAGCUCUCUUUAGGGUUUCAGGUAACCUUGAUUCGAUUCCGUGACGGAGAGAGCAGUAUUUCUCUGUCUCGAUUCAGGUAAAACAAUCGCGAAUUCGAGCUGGAUCUAGCAAAUGAUUUUAUCAGAAGGUCGUAUCUCCGUCACUCUUUUCGCAUGCUCGAAUCGCAAGAUCUUCGAUGUGAAUUAUUUUUUCUUCAAUUACUGUUAAUUUUUUUAUCCAACAUAAUUGAAGAUUUCAAAGCGGGAUCUAUUAUUGUAAGGAGAAUUCUUUCUCGUUCUGUAAGCUAUCCGAUUCGAUUGAUGAAUCACUAAAAUGCAAAGUAUUCAAGCAGAUCUUCCUGAAUUGUUCAGUUUAAGAAGCCAAAGAGUUUGAAAGGGGGAUCCAUCGGUUUUUCACGCUAGUUCAUUUGGUUCAUCGUCACAAAGUUCUGGCAUUUAGGCCAAGAUUGCUUGUUUAGAUGUUAUGCAACGCCAGCUUAAGGAGCAUAGUCCUUCAAGCUGGGCAUAUCAGGGUUUUUCCCAAGGGAAGGGUGCAGUUGAGGGAUCUGCGUUGGGGAUUGGGUUCAAGAGUUGGCGCAGAGUGUCCAUCGAGUCGCAAAUUUAGGGCGGCCAAAGCGAUGAUGGUUGACACUGGUGCAACUGCUGAACGAGGAACCAUUGUCGACAUGUUGCCGGUGAAAGAAAACAUGGAAGAUAAUGACUGUGCUAUCGGAGGAUUGGGAAGUGAAGAUGGAAGGCUGAGCUGUGGCUAUUCGAGUUUUAGGGGAAAGAGGGCAAGCAUGGAGGACUUCUUUGAUGUUAAAAUGUCAAAGAUUGAUGGUCAAACAGUCUGUCUGUUCGGAAUAUUUGAUGGUCAUGGUGGUUCUCGUGCGGCUGAAUAUUUGAAGGAACAUUUAUUUGAGAAUCUCCUGAAGCAUCCAAAAUUUAUGGCAGAUACCAAAUUGGCCAUAAGUGAAACAUAUAAAAAAACAGACUCGGACUUCCUGGAUGCCGAAAGCAAUACUUACCGUGAUGAUGGUUCUACUGCUUCAACAGCAGUUUUGGUUGGUAACCAUCUAUAUGUAGCAAAUGUAGGAGAUUCACGGGCAGUAUUAUCGAAAGCAGGCAGAGCAAUACCUCUAUCUGAAGAUCAUAAACCAAACAGAAGUGAUGAGCGAAAGAGAAUUGAAAGUGCUGGAGGGGUUGUUAUGUGGGCAGGUACUUGGAGGGUUGGGGGUGUGUUGGCAAUGUCCCGUGCUUUUGGCAACCGCUUACUGAAGCCGUUUGUUGUAGCAGAACCUGAGAUUCAGGAACAAGAAAUUGAUGAUGAAUUUGAAUGCCUGGUGCUGGCCAGUGAUGGAGUCUGGGAUGUAGUACCGAAUGAGGAUGCUGUUUCCCUUGCAAGAGCUGAGGAAGAACCUGAGGCAGCAGCCCGGAGGUUGACAGAGACUGCUUAUACUCAAGGCAGUGCGGACAACAUCACCUGCAUUGUGGUGAGAUUCAACCAUGACAAAGCAGAAUAAGGUCAUCCAACUAUCAGAAAAAACUUGUUUGAUUCCAUGUCUAAAAUUAUUUUCAUUUGAUAAUUCUAGAUGGAAAUGUCCAUGUGCAUAGUUGUUUGUGUGAGUAUUGACGAG